AUCCUGUCCCACCGACCGGAGUCGCCGCCGAGAUGACUGACCUCCAUGACAAGCGCGCCACCAGCGAGUCCCGGAGAUCCAAGCGCCCUGAGCGGUCCAGGCCGGAGGCGAAGGUGGCGGAGCCUCCGGCACGCCGGGCCAAGCGCGCCGAGGGUCAUGUUCCUCUGCGCAAGCGCGAGUCUGCGAGGGUCGGGCGACCACCCCACCCCCUGGACUCGGAGGGUGUGACUGCGGAGCCUCGUCCAGCACGCCGCGACGAGCGAUCAUCCUCACCCCUUUGCGGCGAUGGGGGCACGGAGGAAAUCACCAUGGCUCCUCCACCACGCCGCGCCAAGCGCGAGGACUCCCCUGACUCGCCUCGCACCGCCUACGUGCUCCGCAACCGCCGAGUCCCGGAUGCCGGCGACCCCAAGCCCACCCCCCCUCCGUGCUUCGAGAAAAGGGAAAUUAAGCUGGAUCAGCCACGCUUAUCCAAGAGGCAACUUAAGCGAGCUGAACUUUGGAAUGCCCCAGCAUGUGCGCGCAAGGGUUUGGAACGCUACAACGGCAUGAAUCAGGGGGAUGAGUAUGAGCUGGUUGAAGCAGUGGGCGUCAAAAGCUUUUGCUACUGUGGUCCGUGGCUGCAUGCAAAUUUUCUUGCUAGGCAUAAAGGUGCCAGUAGCUGUGAUGAUCUUGUUCCCAAGCACUUCUUUGCUGAGCUGAGGAUCGAUGCAGAUGGUCUGUCGUGUGUUUCAUGCUUCAAGUUCGACUCAGUUGACUGGAAGAACUUUGGCGGAUGUGGAGUUUGCCCGGCAACAUUUGUCCAUCCCGCUGGUGGUGGGUACAUUGGUGCACUGCCUGAACGACCUCUUCAGCCUGCUCCCACUGGUCUACAAAUAUCGUUUAGCUUUUGAGUUUAUGGUAGUAGAAUGAUUUUCUAGUUUAUGCAAGUUAGUUGUUAAAUCAGAUAGUGAAGUCUGAAACUCGACUUUGAUGAGUCAGCUAGUGAAGGCUGAGAUAGCACCAUUUUUUUUUUUUUUUUUGCGGGUGUGCUGAGAUAGCACUUUGAUGUUUACUCUGCCAACAAGUUCAGACUGGUAGAAGGGCAGAGCAGGGUGGAGCUGCAAAGGAGAAAGAGAUCAACUCGAAGGUCAUGGAGAAAGCCAAUAUCAUGAAGUCUGAGCUCCAGAUGAUUGAAGAGAUAAUGCUUAGGAACGGCUGCAGGAGGUUGAGCAUGUCAGCAUGUACCGUAGGAUGACUAUCAGAGAUGUGUCCCAAGGAGAUGAGCCCAAACCCUUAAAAACUGGGAAUUCAGAGCUUGUUCCCCCUAAGUAGACUGCUUGUUUUAGUCCUUUGUUGGUUAGUUGUCGCCGAUCGACCACCUAUGUCGUGACGACGAUGCAUUUCAUUGUCUAUAAUGCAUUCUAUAGUCAUAUGUGAAUCAUUAGCUAUUCUGGUUUUGCAAUGCCUGACGAUGUAACGAUGUAGCAGU